AUGGGACUCAACCUGGAGUCCGGCGAGCUGCUGGCCGUGAAGCAGGUGCUGAUUCCGUCCGCCUCCACCACCAAAGACAAGGCGCAGGAGUACAUCAAGGGACUGGAGGCGGAGGUCGCAGUGCUGAGGAACCUCUCGCACCCAAACAUCGUGCGCUAUCUGGGCACGGCGAGGGAGGAGGAGGCGCUCAACAUCUUUCUGGAGUUCGUCCCAGGGGGGUCUAUUGCCUCGCUGCUCAACAAGUUUGGGUGCUUCACGGAAAAGGUCAUCCGGAUGUACACGCGGCAGCUGAUGACUGGCCUGAGCUACCUUCAUUAUAAUCACAUCAUGCACCGAGAUAUCAAGGGUGCCAACAUUCUGGUGGACAACAGGGGGUGCAUCAAGCUGGCUGACUUUGGGGCGUCACGGAAGUUAGCAGACCUGGCAACGAUGAGUGGGCACAAGUCCAUGAAGGGCACGCCCUACUGGAUGGCGCCCGAGGUCAUCAAGCAGACGGGCCAUGGCAGGCCAGCGGACAUCUGGAGCGUGGCAUGCACAGUCAUUGAGAUGGCAACUGGCAAGCCGCCUUGGAGCGAGUUCCUCUCCCAGGUCUCGGCACUGUUCCACAUAGCGCAGUCCAAGGGCCCGCCACUCAUCCCCGACCACCUGUCUGCCGACGCCAAGGACUUUUUGCUGCGCUGCUUCCACCGUGAUCCAAACAAGCGCCCAAGUGCGGCUGAACUUCUCAAGCACCCCUUUCUGACCGACAUGCCUUCGCCAAUGGAUGAAAAUCUGACUACCCCCCCUCGCUCCACUGCCACAACCGCAACAGCAGCAGCAGCAACAACGGUUAAGGCAGAAGCAGCAGCACAAGGAGUAAUAGGAGGAGCAGAAGCAGCAGCAGCAGUGACGCCUGCAAAAGCAGGCACGCUCACAUCAACAGCCACUCCACUCUCUCCCACUGCUCGUGGGAGGUUGCAGGGGAUAGGUGCCACUGCUGCUACAGCUGCUGAUUCGACCCUCAAUGGCUUAAGAGAGGCACCUCUCUCCCCCACCAGCCCUCCGGACUGCUGGCAUGACACGCUCCCUGGUAGCCCCUCUCUUGCCUCCCCUCACCAUCACCAGCGCUCUCCCAGCAACAACCGCCCUGCUGAUAAUGCUGACACCCCUACCUCACGCCUAACUCACCACCUAACCCCCUCUACCUCACGCCUAACACCCUCCAGCGCACUCCACUCGCACCUAACCGAAACAACACCCCAUGACACCUUACAGACGCCUCUGGACAGUGACUCGCCGGACCCUGCUUCUUCUGCUUCGUUCUCCCAUAAUUUGACUGAUCUCACCCACACAACAGACGCUGGGGGACAAGGGCAGGGACAGGAUUGGCAGAGGCAGGGGCAGGGGCAGAGGCAGGAGGAGCAGCAGGGGAAGGGGGACGAGGGGGUGCGCAUGUCACGGGCGAAUCUCAUGUCAGGAACCAGCACGGCAUGGCAGCCUGGAGCCUUCUCAGAGCUUUCCGACCUCUCGUUUCGGAGCGAUUUCAACCCGAUGGAAGAGCCAUCGCACAACGACCCGCUAGGCUCAUACGUGACGGCAGCGCGAGGGCACGGGGGCGAGUCGUCUGCUUGCACUGAGGACGAGGUCACAGGGCCUCUGAGAGAACACGUGGGCGCAGAUAGUGCCUCCCGGGAGGAUAUGUGUUCUCAUCAGAGCGACGCACUGUCGGCGGGCGGGACAAGCAGUGGGACGGUGGGAGCAGUGGGAGAGAGGGGAGCGGUGGGAGCAGUGGGAGGGAGGGGAGAGCGGGGAGAGGGAUGGGGAGAGGAGGGAGUGGGCGGAGGGGAGAGUGGGGAGGUGGAGGGACGAAGGAAGGAGGAGGUGUGGGAAGGGGACAGGGCGGGUGGAGGGAGGGAGGGGCAGGAGAGGGGAGGGGAGGACCGUGUAGCUGUGAUGGUAAGCCGUGGGAGUGCGGACGGGGGGCAGCUGAAACAAGGGCAGGAGCGUAAGGAAGGGCAGCAGAAGCUGCCCGUUGAAGGGCUGAGUGAGCUGAGUGAUGGUGAGAGGUUGAGACCAGGAGAAGAGGUGAGACCCGCAGAGGGGUUGCGACCGUCGUUGCCGCAGCUGGACUUGUCUCUGGCAAUGUCUCACGAGCAAGGGGGACUGGGAGGCAUGGAAAGGGAGGAGAAUGAGACCUAUUCGGAAGAAGCAGUGACUGCUGCCAGGAAUGCUACAGUGGGUGCUCGAGGGAGUGAGGCAAGAGGAGCGCUAGAUGACGCAGAUGGAGUGCUGGCAAUACAGCAGCAGGCAGGGCGGCAGGCGGAGGAACAGGCAGAGCAGCAGGCAGCAGUUUCUAGUGAGAGAGCUGGUCGGCCCCCAUCCCCUUCUUUUCUGAAGCAUGGCGGGGCGGGUGGGGCGGGUCACAACACGCCAGGGCAUACCACCAUACCCAGCCGGCCUGCUGGGCUCUCCCCCUCUCCCCGCCGCCAUCGCGAGUCCUCGCCUGCCCGGAAAAAACGGAUUCUCAAAGAGAGCUUUGUGCUCCCACGAGAUCUGUCCCCCUCUGCCCGCAUGCAAGCAGGAGUAGCAUCGCCGGCAACGGCAGCGGCAGCGGCAGCAGCAGCGUCAGCGGCUGGAGGAGCAGGAACAGCAGCAAUGUUGGCGACGACAGCAGCAACAGCAGGACCUGCAGCGGUGCUCUCCUCUCCCUCCACUGCCACUCAAAGCCCGUCACCCUCCCUCCCCUCCCCCUCCCGCCGCUCCGCCUCCCCCUCUUCCUCCUCCUCUGCCCGCCGAUCCCACCACCUACCUUCCCGAAUCAUCCACUCAAUCAGCCAAUCAGCUAUCUCCGUUCCUGGACCCGUCUCAUCCCCCUCCUAUCACAGCUUCGAAGGGCCCCUCUCAGGGAAAGCAGGGGAAGGCAAUAGGGUUACCCGCACGCCCUCUCACGGGAGUGAACAGAGAGCAGUGGGGAGUGAGAGGAGUGAGAGGAGUGAGAGUGAGAGCAGAGGAGGGGAAGGUGGGUCGGGGAGGGCGCCGACUCUUUCGCCGCGACCGCCCGGGAUUGUCAGCAGCAAGUCGGGCAGCUGGGUGAACAGCAGCGAGGGCGACUUUUCUGGGUGGCAGCACCCGGGCAGCUUCGAAAGUUUUGGGCAGGAGGGGAGGGUGGGGAGGCAGGGGAAUGGGGCGUUGCACAGAGGGGGGAGAGGGAGUGUGAGCAGCAGUAGAGCGUCGGUUGGGGGAGGGGUUGGAGGAUCAGUAGUGGGGUUAGGAGGAGUGGGGAGGGUUUUGAGUGGUGGGGGAGGGGUGCCGGUGGGGAGGAGUGGGUCGGGAGGGAGCUUGUUUGCGAGUGGAGUGGGAGGGGUGAUGUACCCUUCUGGAGGCAACGUCUUGGCCCUGCUACAUGACAGCACUGACAGCUUUGUUGGCCAAUCCGGGGACCUCAAGCGACAGCAGUGGGAGGCAGAGCUACAGCAGGAGCUGGCGUUGCAGCGAGAGGAGAAGCGCAAGCAGAUGUCUCGGUCGAGCAGCAACAGCAGCGCUGCAGGGGGGGUAGGUGCCAGCCACGCCAACAGCAUCGGCAGCGCCAGCAACGUCAGCGGCAGCCAUGCCAGUGCGGUUGGCAGUGCAAGCACAAGCAUCAGUGCGAGUGCGAGUGGGUCUCGAGAGUUCUUUGGACCGCCAGGCUCCGUCUCCUCUCCACGCAGAAACCCGCCGGUCUAA